AUGAAUGUUCGCGUCAGCAUUUCGCACGGCGCGCCCCUCGCCCCGCGCCCCGCGCCGUCGUCUGGUCGUCGCGAUGGAGCUUCGCGUCCUCCCGCCGCAAUACGCGCGCGAGGCGCUCCAGACGCAGGCGAUCUUCGCGACGCUCGCCGCGAUCUACGCGCUGACGCUCUACCUCAACGUCGACGCGUGGCGGUCGCACGAUCAGUUCUUCGUGGAGCGCGACCCGUCGCUGUCAUGGGGACGUACAACGGCCUGAAAGCGUUCGUCGGGCGGCUGCGACCGAACUUCUUCGCGGCGUGCGAUUACAAGGGCUACGCGACCGCGAUGGCGACGGGCGACUACGCGUCGUACCUGGCGGCGACGACGGCGGGCGCGGACGAGGCGUCGCUGUCGUUCCCGUCCGGCCACGCCGCGCUGUCGUUCGUCGCGGCGACGUACACCGCGAUGGCGCUGUCGGAGGGGUUCGGCCGAGGGGUGUGUCGGAGGGGUGCGUCUGAAACGGCCGAGGGGAGGGGGUUACGGGGGUUAUUACCAAACGGCGUCAGCCCCGCGAGCGCGGCGAGUUGUCUGACGUUCGCGUUCGCCUCAUACGUCGCCGCGUCGAGGAUCACAGACUACAAGCAUCGACCCGCGGACGUGCUCGCGGGGGCGGCGAUAGGCGUCGCGUUCGGGGUGGCGUGCCGGCCGCGGGGGACGUCGCGGUGGUGGAGAAUGCGCGUGUUCGGGGGAGGAGGGGGAGACGGCGGACGCGAUGACGGAUUCGUGACGAUGACUUGA